AUGUCUGCUACUCUUGACCUCGCAAUCAUGACCCGCGUUGCCGCCGGGUCAGGGCUAACCAUCCACCAGCCGCAUGAGGAGCAGUACACCUACGGUGCGAUUGCCAUCGCCACAGCGAUAGGGAUGCUUAAACACCAGGCUACUCGUGGGGCCCUCGUCAACAUUGCGCUGAUCUAUGACACCAACCGUUGUGGAAACCAGCUAUUCCAGAGAGACCCUCGCUUAGCUACACAGGCCGUGGAUAACUUCAUUCGGAAGAUAGACUCCAGAUUCCCCAUGGUCACCAUCGAGCGGAGAUUGACCAACCUCGACUGUAUUGCCUACCAUGAUCGAUGUGAAUGGGAGGGCACGCAGCAAAGCUGGGACCCACGGUCGUCUAUGAUCGGUCUGAACUCAGUGAAAUUCAAUGACAUGAUCAAUGCGGCCGGUAACAGCCAGACAUUUCGAGAGUACCAAUUCCAAUUUGCAGCAGCCAUAUUUCAUGAGAUUGGAGGCCAUAUGUUGAUCACUUACCUUGGAAAUGGAGGCAGGGGUACGCCGCCAACUUUGUCAGCUCAUGAUUACCAGAGGAAUCCCAGGAGAGGAGAGUCUGGCCGGUAUCUAGAGCUGAGUUUGUUCGGUGGGACUCUGGAGUUUUAUAAAGAUACUGCCUCGACCGACACUGUGAAAGGUGUAGCACAUCUCAUUGGUGCCGACGGAUUUGCACGAAAGGUAGACGACAGCGUUUUCAGGGACGUCAUGGACUUUGACCGCAACCCUGUCCCAAACUUUUCCUUCCCCUUCAGGACAACCGGGCCUGCAAUUCAACGGAGCACGUUGUCCAGCGUGGGCCGGGGCAUGCCCGUCGACGCCUACAUGAGGGACAUGCAAACAAUGAUGGCUCAGCGACCCCCGUCUGCCACUCUGUCGGGGUCCCGGUUUAGAGUCAGGGUUAAAGACAUUAAAUCAGUUCUCUCUGAUCGUCGGAAGCGCCUAAGAGCCUGUUGA